CCCCCCCUCUGCAGUUUGUCACCCAGCUUGCUUUGAAGGGAGGAAAUCUGCACUUUUGCACAAGCAGCAGCAGCAGAAGGUGGAUGAAGUGAUUCACUGCAUGGAGAGAGAAAAGUGAGGGGGGUGUUACACGUCUGUACCAUUUCCUCUCUCAUCAGUUUUUCUGUCGUCUGUCUGUCUCCUGAUCGUUGGCGCUGUUAUGGAUUUCAGGACUGUUGUGACCGUCUCAACUCUUCUACUCAUGACUACAGAAGCAGACGGAGCAGCACUUGAGCCCAACACCACUCCCCUCUCCACUGAGAGCGUCAGGGUCAGAACCAACUCCUCCAGCUCCAGUGCGGCUCCAGCAGCCACCGCUGCCCCGACCCCCGACCCCGGCAGCUCCGCUGCACCGUUCCUCGGCCUCCUCGCCGUCAGGUGGACGAGUAAAUGUGGAGGGCACCUGAUCCUCUACCACCCGUCCGCCUCCUCGGCGCAUGUCUGUCACGACAGUGAGACGGCCGUCAGGAGUCUUCUGACGAACGUGUGUGAGAACAAGAAAGGUUGCAAAGACACGCUGCGCUGGCACAAAGGCAGAGACAUGCAGAAGGGCUACCACGUCUCAGAGGGUGGAGCGGAGCAGAGGAGCAGCUGCGAGACACUGGCAGUCCAAUGCACAGCUGAGCCAGUCGAGGUGCUACCAGAUGUUCAGGGGCAGCUGCGGGCCCACAAAGUGGUGACGGCUUUGCUCUGCUGCAUACUGCUGGUUCUUCUACUGAUCCGCUUCACCAGACCCACCGUCAAAGCCCUGCAGAAGAGAUUUUCAGACAGGAGGCAGAAUCGCUGGGUCGGACCGACACAGAGUCACAGUGUGUCUUACCAUCGAGGGAAAACCGCAGUCAAAAACAACGAUGAAGAGAACAGGCUGUCCUUCUCUGCUCUGGAGCGACUGGCGGUCAGUGACAGCAGAGAACCCUCGUCCAAUAGGAACAGUGACUACAACUUCUGAUGUGCUUCUUCCUCUUUCAUCAUCACCAUCAUCAUCAUCAGCAUCAUCAUCAUCCCUCAUCAGUAUUUAACUUGUACCACCAUCAAUGUACAGUAUCUCAACUCAAGUGAGAAAUGAGCCCGGCCAGAACAAGUGAUCAGUUAUCAUGUUAAUGGAACCUUACAAUAUUGAUAAAAGUGAGAACAGUGAGAGAUGAAAUGUUCCUCUACUCAGAAAAAAACAUUCCGAAAAUAUACUUUCCGAGGAUCCUGAAUCAUCAACAUCUGAUUUACUGAUGGAGAUAGUUUUAAUGUUACUUUUGUUGAUUUGUAAUUAAUACUGUGAACUUUAUAUUUUCAGUAAAAUAAUCUAAGUUUU